GGAGAGGAAUAAGGAGACGCUGGAAACGCAGACCUCAGACCAGCCCGCCUCGCAGCUCCGCUCCCGGUGUCCUUGGACAAAUCUGACCGCGGAUCAGCGCCACCGGUCUUACCUCCACGCUACGAGUCGCACCAACGGGAGCUCGGGAGCAGAGGCAAGCGAGACGCAUCCGCAGCACACCGCGACGAGGGAUCGGACGCUGUGACGGAAAAGGCACCGGAAUCAACGGGGGAAAAAGGCUGGUAGGAGCAACGGAGCGGAGUCCAACGACAAAACAAGAAAGACAAAACAGAUUUUUUUUUGUGGUUCCUUCUCCCUGUCAGAGUAGAGAGGGUCUGUCCCCGCUCACGGAGAAGCGUACUGCGAAGCUAAUUCCCAGCGUUUCCUAUUCCUGGCUGCGGGAGAGAGCUCCUCGAGCCCCAUUUAUCCACAGAGCUAGCGGAAUGCACUGCUAGCAGGCUAGCCGAGGUUAGCUAGCUAAUUAGCUCGUCAGGCAUCCAGGAGACGGGCGUUUGAUCUUUGGUGAAGGAGGGCACCGUUUGGCGUCGUUUUUACUUUUUUUUUUUUAGGUGGGUAGGAGGUGGGGAGCUGUACCUUAAUGUGUUUUGUCCAGAACCCUGGCAUGAUGUUCAGCCUCCAAUAGCUAACGCCAAGUUAGACAAUAAACAGUACCAGCUGCCUUUUUUUAUUGGUGUGAACCAGUUCUUUGGGAAGAGAACAAAUCCACCGUGAGUAUCGAGCUGUGUGGACGAGUCCAACGGGGGGGGGGAAACUGACUUUUGACUGGUGACCGCCCGCCGUCCAAUGUUAAUGUCGACCGACGUUGCAUCCAUUCUGCUACCCGUUAGUCGGGGAAUAAUGGAGCGGGACAUGGAUACGGCAGCGGGAGCCCUCGCGAACGCGGCCGGGGGUCCGGCAGCUGUCCGCGGGAUGAAGCGAGGGGACCCGGAGCCCGACGCCCAAACAGCCGCUGCCCUGACCGACUUGGCCGAGGCGGAGUGCAAGAGAGCCCGGAUAGACGGGACCGGAGGUGUCGUUGGCGACAUUGGACAGAACAAUGAGCCUUUAAACCCUGGUUUCCAUGGAUACCCACCUCACAGUCAGGGUUCUCAGGAUUCGACAGGAGGACAGGAGGGAUUGGUGGCCCCGCCCUUUUCAGCGUUCCCCCCUCCACCGCCUCCUCAGAACGGGCUCCCAGGGACAGAGUUCGGCCCCGGGGCCAUGUUUGUCGGCGGGGGCACGGCAGACGUGGGGGCGGGUGCUAAUGGUGCCCCCUCCACCAGCCCCACCAGCAGCAACAACGGAAAGACAGAGGAGUUGCCCCAGGGCGAUGUGGGUGUACAAUGCGGCACAGGAGGCACGGGGGGAGGAGGCUCUGUGGAAGACCCCUCAGAGGCCAAAGGGACCCCCAAACGCCUCCACGUCUCAAACAUCCCCUUCCGCUUCCGCGACCCUGACCUCAGGCAGAUGUUUGGGCAAUAUGGGAAGAUUCUGGAUGUAGAGAUCAUUUUCAAUGAGCGGGGCUCAAAGGGUUUCGGCUUUGUGACAUUUGAGACCAGCGCGGACGCAGAGAGAGCCAGGGAAAAGCUCCACGGCACGCUGGUGGAAGGUCGCAAGAUUGAGGUGAAUAACGCCACCGCCAGGGUGAUGACCAACAAGAAAAUGGUCAGCCCCUAUCCUAACGGGGAGGCUCUCAGCACGCUGCCCUACGCCGGGUGGAAAUUGAGUCCCAUGAUGGGCGCCGUGUACGGACCUGAGAUCUACGCAGAUCAGCUGCUGACGCACCUUCUUUCUCGUCCUUCAGUCCCAGGGUUCCCAUACCCCUCAGCGGCGGCCGCGGCGGCCACCACGGCGGCGGCGUUCCGCGGCGCCCACCUGCGGGGGCGGGGCCGGCCCGUCUACAGCGCAGUGCGGGCCGCCGUGCCUCAGCCCGCCAUCCCCACCUACCCCGGUGUGGUGUAUCAGGAUGGGUUUUACGGAGCUGCCGACUUGUAUGGAGGCUACCCUGCUGCUGCUGCUGCUGCCGCCGCCGCGUAUCGCUACGCCCAGCCCACCGCCGUAACCGGGGCAACCGCCGCAGCCUACAGCGACAGUUAUGGCCGGGUGUACACAACGGAUCCCUACCACGCCUUGUCCCCGGCCGCCGCUGCCUACGGAGUGGGAGCAAUGGCCAGUUUAUACCGGGCAGGGUACAGUAGGUUUGCUCCUUACUAAAAACCUCAAAUCCCAUCCAGAGAAAUUUCACACAUUGCUCCAAAACCCUAUUUUUUCAAGCUCUUUGUCCAGCAGCAGCCCCCCCCGCCCCCCCUCAACCCCGUCCACCCCCCCGCCCCGUUCUUCUGCAGGCGGACUAUAUUGGCGACCCGUGUGCUUAGUUUUUUCUUUCCCUUCGUGGCGAGGGAAGUCACACCAUCAACUUGAACUCUUGUCCCCGGAACAAAGGCCUAACAGGACUGUCCCGUGCUACUUUGAACUCCGGGGGGGGGGGGGGGCGGGGGCACAAUUUAGGACGGAUUUUAAAACACUACGGGACCUGGAAGGAGAGAGACUGCUGAUCCCGUGUGAUCCCGCUCACCUUUUUUCUUUUUUUCCCCCUAUACGGCUGAUCUUAGAAUAUAUACCACACACACACACACUCGCAUUCAAACACCAAGUACACGGUUUCCGCUACAUUUUCCUUUGAAUGUCGGUUUGCACGGGCACGGCCUCGCCAUCAAAGGUACGGAUCUCUUUAAACACUACGUGGAGGUGACACUGCGGAUGGAGGAAUCCUUCCCGUCGUGUUUCUGAGCCGGAGGGAAUCGGGACACAUCCGACUCAGCAGAAACCACUGUUGUCCUGGCAACAACAAACACCGUGUUGGAAAAUAAUCAAUUAUUUUUCCCUACGAAUUCACAAGGAAAGGAAAGAAAAAAAGGAGGAAAUGACAAGGAAAACCAACAGUGAUUUAUUUUUUCUGCUUUACCUCAGUUUUUCCUUCCUCUGUUUAGAAUUUGCAUAGAAGGUGGAAGCAUUCCUUUGUCCUUCUUCCCGCUCCACACACUUACUCUUACUGUACGUGCAACACUAAGAUGGGGUGCAGCUCCUCCCCCACGCAGCGGGACAGAUGCACGAAGCCCAUUGAACACGGAUGGACUCGACUUGGCGGAUUGGCGAGGAACGCCCACACGGGAAGCCCCGCCUCCGCUCUCCAGGCUCCAUCCCAACAGACUGGACCAGAAUAAACGCUGGACACGGAGAGAUGCAGUCACCUUGUGAAGCAUCAAGAAUCGUUUUACUAUUUAUACCCCCCCCCCCAGCCCUAUUUGUUUUAACGCCACAUUGUCCACAUCAUUUCUGAAUUUUUAAAUCCGUCAUCACGCUCUCUGGGAUCGUUUUAAAGUUCUCCUCAGCCGGCCCGUCUCUGCCCCAUAUUUAUCACGUCUCCGUAUACUCUCACUAUGUUGUUGUUGCUAUUAUUUGCCUUUUUUGGUUCCAAAGAUUUUCUGAAGAAAGCACAUUAGUUUUUGGUCCUGAUGUAUUUCUUAGGUUUGUGGUUGAUGUUUUUUUUUUUUUUUUUUUUGGUGUGCCUUUUUUAUUUUGUUAUAUUUUUAUCUAAUCUGUCAGUCAAAGCUGCAUCUUUCAGCCCAGUGUGGAAACAGCUGCGCGCUAAGCAAGCUAUUGAAGGGUCGUCUACAAAAAUACGAUUUGUGGAAAGAAAACCAACCAACCUGGUUUAAUUGAAAUGAGUUUACACUCAUCGAUUGGCUUCUUGUUUCUCUCCAGUUAGCGCAGGAAGCGCGCGGCGCAGGAAGCGCGCGGCGCAGGAAGCGUGCGGCGCCGUGCGGAGGCGUUUGCUGCAGACUCAGACAUCAGAGCAGAUGAAUCCUGAGGGACGAGCAGACACUUUGUGCUGCGUCAGCCAUUAGAGCCAAACCGUGCACGCCAUGUCGAAAGCGCCCCGCGGCCCCAGCAGUGGCCACCUCCAAACAACAGGACAAUGCGCGGGGGGGGGGGUUGGAUGCAGGGACACUGCGGGAUGAAGGUGAGAAGCUGAGCCCUCCAUCGUUAGCUAACGUCCUCUCUUGUUCUUUUCAGGGUGGCACACGCGGUGCAAGGAAAGUGGGUGGGGGGGGUAAUGUUUUUGUAUGAUUGUGUAAACCGUGUGCAGUAGGUCCAAUAUUUUUGACGCGCAUUACCUCUUUUUUUGUGUCUUAUUAUUCCUUAUAAGUAUUACCAGAAGUGUUGCUAUGCAUGCUUUUGUGAGAGAGGAGGGUGUCGGCCAGAGAACCUUUCAUUUUAAGUGCAUGAAUUCAAAUCAUAGUGCUGGAGGAGGAGGAGGGGGGGGGGGUAUAUUAACAUAGCAGAAUAAAGGAAAGAACUCUGGCGUUAUGUGAGGCGAGGGUAAGGGCUGGGGGUGGGACCUCAGUAAAAGAGGCAGAAGUCCGGGGUGAGAUGCUUCAAAUAAUCCGGGUCAUCGCCGCUCUGCGUAUCUGUAGCCAGCCGGAGGUGUGAAGUGUAGUUUGGUACUCCCAGCCCCCCCUCCCCUCCCCGACGCCCCCCCUCGGUUUACCUUUAUGAUGAUCAAAUAAAAGAAAACCCGAGAAAUAUAACCACAAUGACACGAUGGUGAUUACGAUGCAAAUAUGAGAGAUAACUCGGGGCAGAGCUGAAGCUGGUGAGCCCCCCCCCCGACCCCCCCCCCCCCCCGCACUGUGCCCGAGUCAACGCAGUAGGAGUUCUUAUUUUUUUGUACAGGGAUCUCACGAAUGAGUUUGAAUUGCAUGUGGAUUGUUUUUGUUUGGUCAAACGUCACAUGCUCUUAAAAGCUCAUUUAUCCAAGUGAUUCUUUUCAAUAAGUGACAUGUAUUUUCUCACAUGUUUUAUUUUUGCCAUCCUUGUGUCUGCCUUCUGUUUAUCCUCUUCAUUAUUAUUGAAUGUAUAUAAUAAAUAAACUGUUUGGUUUUUA